UCUCCCCAGAGCCUUUCCCUGGACUGGCAGCAGAGGCAGGAGAAGCUGCAAGUCAGAGUGUAGACACAUCUGAGCAACUUGCAAGGAGCAGAAGGACGUCCGUCCCAUCCCAGAGCAUCCCCCAGGGCUGGGCUGGGGCACAGGCACCCGGCUGCUCCCCCUCCAUGGUGUAUUGCCGUGGCUCUGGCCCUCAAGAUGAGCUCUGAUCCCAGUUGCGAGCCCUCUGCCCCCACGGAGGCUCUCUACUCUGCCCUUGAAGGUGAGAUCGAUGUCUUUGUGAGGCACGUGCAGCAGUGCAGGCACAGCUUCGACCUCCGUGUGCUGCACAAAGUGCUGCUGCUGGUGCUGCCUCACAGCCCCUCAGGAAGGCUGGACAGCUGGGAGGACCUGGAGCGGCUCUCCAAGCACCUGCCCGGCUCACCAAGCCCCGAUGUGCGUGGCUAUGUGGGCUGGCUGGGCUCUUACCUGCAGCACCUGCGGGCCACGAAGGAGAGGUUUGACACAAGGGUGGUGUUCCCGCUGUGUGAGCAUCUGUAUGUGCAUGAGGAGCCGCUCCCCCCUGCCUCCAUCCCACACCUGGCCGCGCUCCUCUUCGCCCACCGCCGCAACUGGGCACUGCUGCUGCGGGGAGGGAUGCUCCAUGAGCGGGUGUUCAGCCCCCGCAGCCUGCGUGACCUGCGUGGCUUUGCCAACGCAGGGCCAGUGGCAAAGGUCCUGCGGCUGCUUCCUGACAUCUUUCAACGGAGCCUGGCCAUGGCUGAGCUUGCCCAGCAGUGGGUCCGUCUGCACCGGAGCAGAUACAGCCACUGCUCACCUCCAGGCUCCGCGCAGCCAAGCAGUAAGGCUCCCCGACCCCCAGACUCUCCCAUUUCGAUGAAGCUUUGGGGAGCAGGGAGCAGUGCUGGGGCGCUGCGGGCUCAGCUGCGGGAGAGCUGGGAGGAGCUCCUGGUCCUGCUGCCCCGUGCUGAGCGAGCAGCCGCCCUGCACACCCAGAUCCGCAGCGUCACCCAGCGCAUCCGCGCCCUGCGCCUGCAGCUGCAGUGCCAGGGGAUUGAGCCUGGGUAUGUGGGACGUGGGGGGCACACAUCUCCAGCUGCCCUGAUGGAGGAGCUGCAGAAGCACCUGGAGCUGGAGGAGUACCACCGCGGCAUCCUGGAAGCCGACUGGCUGCUGGAGCUGGAGGUCAGGCCCGUCCUUGUCCGCAGGAUCGAUGCGGUUCAGCAGCGCUGCCGGCACCUGGAGAGGAUGCUGUGGGGCCGGGAGUUGGCUGUCCCACAGAGGGAGCAGCCCCGGAGCAGGAUGACCACCACGCCUGCUCAGCCCUCUGCCACCUACCCCAUGCCAGCAGGCAAACCCAGCCCCAGGAGCAGCCAGCAACACUGACUGCAGGAAGCAGGGUGAUAUCCUGUGCCCCACAGCAGCAGCAGCACCUACCCCCAGGCUGGAGCCAGCUCACAGGGACCUGGAAGAGUGCUGGGGCAGGGCUGUAGGCUGCCUGCCCAGGUUGGCUCGCAUCUGGGAAGAAAGUGUGGAGGGAAAGUGUAUUUAAUGACAUGUUUCAUCUGUACUCAGCUGCUUGGCAUGUUUCUGCAGGCUGGGUAAAGAGACAGGCUCAUGUGCUGCUGAACGUGCAGGCACAGGCAUACGUGUGUAUGGCUGCAUGCAGGCACAAGUGCAUGUUCCUGGUUAAAUAUGGGGCUCCCGACUGCUAGUCUAGCAGGCAGCGUGGGGUCCCCAACUCAGCCUGCUGCAGCCACUAAUGGCGGUGGCAGAGCCCACAUCCGUGCUGG